AUGACGAACCCAACCGGACCACGUUCUGAAAUCCAUGUUCCACGCAGCAGAACCACCACCGGAGUCUCGACUGAAUCAACCCCUGUAACUACUUCCCUCCCGCUCGGUACGACCAUUGCUCAAACUACCGCUCCCCUGACUUUUGGCUCGCUGCCCCCUCUGACUCGAGUAAUUGCAACCGUCACUGACGCCGGCACGCAUUAUUCAACCGUCACGACAACCACUCGUGGAGGCACGGGUGAUGACUAUGUGCACGAGGCUAAUGAGCUCCGGGGAGCAACGAACCAAGCCUAUGAGGAUCGAAUCCGUGCUUACGAGGAGGAAAUUGCACGAUUAAAGAGGGACCAGGCGAGGUUGCCGCCUCCGGAACCAAGAGAUGAAAACCCUCGUCAGAAUGUCAUGAAUCAGAUUCACUUGUUACCAGCAGGUGAUCCCGAUAACCCCGUUCCCCCUUUUACGCAAGAAAUCAUGGGUGCAAGAAUCUCUCGAAAAUUUAAGCUCCCAACCAUUAAAGCUUAUGAUGGCACGGGUCAUCCCGCCAACCACGUUCGAACCUUCAUGAAUGCUCUGUUACUCCAACCCGUUACGGAAGCAAUCAAGUGCCGUGCUUUUCCUCAAACUUUGAGCGGAAUGGCUCAGCACUGGUACAGUCGCUUACCUCCAAACUCUAUUUCCUGUUUUGCUGACCUGAGCAGGGCCUUCAUAGGACAAUUCGUUGGAAGCAAAACUCACGCCAAAAGCUCCGCCUCAUUAAUGAAUUUACACCAGGGUAAAAACGAAUCACUUCGGGAGUAUAUGAAUCGUUUUACCAAAGAAGCCUUGAAGGUCCCGGACCUGGAUCAGAAGGUAGCCAUGAUUGCACUCCAGCAGGGUACCACUGAUGACAAUUUUCGUCGAUCUCUAGCCAAAAGAGCCCCUGAUAAUAUGAACGACUUACAAGAGAGAGCCGGGAAGUAUAUUAAGGCAGAGGAAAGCCUAAGGAAAUCCCAGAGUAACCAAGGGCCAAACACUAACUUUAAGAAACGUGGGAAUGAUGCCGAGUAUAACGCUGAGAAUAAAUAUGCCAAAAAGGAUGAUGAUGAGAAGUCGCCUGCUAAAAAGAAGGUAGGACUCAAUGCCCCAAGAAGUCAAAUCCUAAUGGAGAUCGAAAAGGAUGAGAGUGUCCGAUGGCCGAAGCCCAUAAGGACCGACCCCGAGAAACGAAACAAGGAUUUGUAUUGUCGAUUCCACAAAGACACGGGGCAUAAGACCGAUGAUUGUCGGCAAUUGAAAGAUGAAAUCGAAUUCUUGAUCCGAAGAGGUAAGUUGUCUAAGUUCACCAAGGAUGGAGAUAAAAAUUAUCGGGACAAUGACAGUCGUGGAAGAGACAAUGAUGAUAAGAGAGCUCAGCCUCGAGGCCCUGUGAUCAACAUAAUCUCCGGAGGGCCUACGGCCGCAGGCACUUCAAGCAAUUCAAGAAAAGCUUAUGCAAGGGAAGUGAUGAAUAUAGUUGGAGAACCUCCGAAGCGGGCAAAAAUUGACUAUGCAAUGGCAUUCGAUAACGUUGACCUCGAGAAGGUAAAGUUCCCCCAUGAUGACCCCUUAGUAAUUACACCGGUGAUUGGAAACUCGUCCGUAAAGAGAGUGCUUGUUGAUAAUGGAGAUAUCUUGUUUUAUGAUGCCUAUGAAAAGAUGGGAUAUUCCGAUACUCAACUAACACCCUCGGAUAUGCCUAUAUAUGGCUUCAACAAUGUGGAAACUAAGAUUGAAGGCAUGAUCCAACUUCCUGUAACCAUGGGUACCGAACCUAGACAAGCCACCUGUAUGGUAAAUUUCUUGGUCGUUAAAGCCUCAUCAACCUAUAAUGCCAUCCUUGGGAGGACUGGGACACACGCUUUUAGGGCAAUCCCGUCCACUUACCACAUGAAGAUUAAAUUCCCAACUAGGAACGGAAUUGGAGAAGAAUUGGGAUAUCAGAAAAUGGCCCGAAGCUGUUAUAUUGGGCCACUAAGGUCUGGCGGAGCCGGGGGGCAAGUACUACCCAUAGAGGAUCUCGAUGUCCGAAAGGAGGAAGAAAGAAGAGGCAAGCCCGCCGAAGACCUGAUUCCAGUCCCAUUGCAUACUGAGGAACCCGAAAAGGUUACUUAUGUUGGAGCCUUACUUCAGGAAGACUUGAAGCAAGAACUAGUGAGGUUCUUGAGGAACAAUCGGGAUGUUUUUGCUUGGACAGCGGCUGACAUGCCAGGUAUUGAUCCCUUAUUCAUGACUCAUAAACUGAAUGUGAAUCCUGAUAGGAAACCAAUUAAGCAAAAGAAGAGGAAUAUCGCUCCCGAAAGGCAGGAAGCCAUUAAACAGGAGGUCGAUAAGUUGUUGGAAGCCGGAUUUAUUGAGGAAAUUCAAUUUCCUGAGUGGUUAGCUAACCCUGUUAUGGUCAAGAAGGCCAAUGGAAAGUGGAGAAUGUGCGUAGACUUCACUGAUCUGAAUGAUGCUUGUCCCAAGGAUUGUUUCCCCCUUCCAAGGAUAGACACGCUAAUAGAUGACACCGCUGGCCAUGAGAUGCUAAGUUUUAUGGACGGGUUCAGCGGAUAUAAUCAGAUCCGGAUGGACAAAGACGACGUCCCCAAGGUAUCAUUCAUUACAGACUUUGGUGUAUUUUGUUAUUUGGUUAUGGCAUUUGGACUUAAGAAUGCAGGAGCCACAUACCAACGCUUAGCAAACAAGAUGUUCAAACAUCUGAUAGGCAAAACUAUGGAAGUAUACGUUGAUGAUAUGCUGGUGAAAAGCUUAAAUAAAUCGGAUCACCUCGAACAUUUGAAAGAAGCUUUUGAAGUCCUGAGGACGCAUAAGAUGAUGUUAAACCCGGCCAAGUGUGCCUUUGGGGUUGGUUCCGGGAAGUUUCUUGGUUUAAUGGUCUCCAAACGUGGUAUUGAGGCCAACCCUGACAAAAUAAAAGCCAUCCUCGAUAUGGAACCUCCCAAGAGUGUAAGGGAUGUACAGACGUUGACAGUAAGGAUUGCGGCCCUGGGAAGAUUUGUAUCCAAGUCAGGAGACAAAUGCUUACCCUUCUUCAAAGCCUUGAAAAAGGUUAAGAAUUUCGAAUGGACAGAAGAGAGCCAAGUAGCUUUUGAGGAACUGAAGAAGUACAUGGCAGAGCCACCUCUCCUAUCAAAGCCCAUUGAUGGUGAGACCUUGUAUGUAUAUCUACCAGUUUCAGAACAAGCACUGAGUGCUGUAUUAGUUCGAGAGGAGUUGAAAAUUCAAAAACCAGUGUACUACGUGAGCAAAGUUUUGCAUGGAGCAGAGCUCAAUUACUCGGUGAUCCGAUACAAGCCUCGAACGGCGAUUAAAGCACAGGCUUUAGCUGACUUCCUCGUCGAAUGUACCAUUAACAACAAGGAAGUCGGGGGGCAGGAAGACAAGGUAAAAGAGCCCACCAAGGAAGAGAAACCUAAAGAAUACUGGCUGCUAUUUUUUGACGGGGCUUCAAAAACAAAAGGUAGUGGUGCAGGACUCGUGCUCCAAAGCCCCGAUGGCUUUACUGUGGAAUACGCUAUCAAGUUGGACUUCCCAACUACCAACAACGAGGCUGAAUACGAGGCUUUAACAGCUGGGCUUGGAUUAGCCAGAACCCUGAGGGUAAAGAAUUUGAUGGUCUGUGGUGACUCGAAGCUUGUAGUUUUCCAAGUAAAUGGCGAGUUUGAAGCUCGGGAAGAUACGAUGCUCAGAUACCCGAGGAUUGUUAAGACUCAAAUGGCAUUAUUUGAAGAGUGCAUUGUAGAAUAUGUGCCAAGAGAGGAGAACACUAAAGCUGAUGCCUUGUCUCAAUUUGCUUCCUCUGAUGAUGAGGUAUGCUCGGGAAGUGUUUAUUAUCAGGUUAUGAGAACCCCAAGCAUCGAUGCUAAGUUGGUUGCUCCAAUUGACACGGGAGCCACCUGGAUGGAUGAAAUCAAGUUGUAUCUUAAAAGUGGUCAUCUACCAACCAACGCUGAUGAUGCACGGAAGUUACAGGUAAGGGCCCUCAAAUACGUCCUCAUUGAAGGGAUCUUAUAUCGGAAAUUGUUUGUAAUUCCCUAUUUGAGAUGUCUAAGGCCUGAUGAGGCACGAGAAGCUCUUAGGGAAGUUCACGAAGGAGUAUGUGGCCAACACCUUGGAGGAAGGGCAUUGGCUCACAAAAUAACCCAUCUUGGAUUUUAUUGGCCCGAUAUGCUUAAGCAGGCCCAAGAAUAUGUGAAAAGGUGUGAUCGGUGUCAAAGGUUCGCACCGGUAGUACAACAGCCCCCGGAGAUGUUGACGUCUAUCAACACUCCUAUCCCUUUUGCCAUGUGGGGAAUGGAUAUCCUUGGACCUUUUCCACUUGCUAGUGCGCAAAGGAAGUUCCUGUUGGUAGCGAUUGAUUAUUUUACUAAGUGGAUCGAGGCCAAAACACUGGCCAAGAUAACCACCAAGCAGGUUGCUCAGUUUGUAUGGGAAAAUAUUAUCUGCAGGUAUGGAAUACCACGAAUCAUGGUGACAGACAAUGGGACUCAAUUCAACAAUGCCGAGUUCAAGAGUUAUUGCGAAGAUUACUCGAUUGAACUACGCUUCACCUCAGUUGCUCACCCUCAAGCUAAUGGACAGGCUGAGGUGGCUAACAGGAUAAUCCUCGACGGACUUAAAAAAAGAGUUGAGAAGGCCCAGGGGUCAUGGGCCGAGGAACUGCUUCCAAUACUUUGGGCCUAUCGAACAACUUGUAAAGUCUCUACCGGGGCAACCCCUUUCCAGCUAGCUUAUGGAGCUGAAGCAGUUGUGCCCCUUGAAAUCACUCACACUUCCUCAAGGGUCCAGCAUUAUGAGCCAGAAGCCAAUAAGGAAGGUAUGAGACUCGCACUCGACAUGAUUGACGAAAUCCGUGAUGAGGCUCAUGCUAAAAUCGUGGAAAACCAGAAGCGAGCUUCCUACUACUAG